AUGAUUUCACUUCUUGCAAAACAAGUCACCCUGGCACUGGUCUGGGGUGCUGCCAACGCCCUUCCAAGCUCCAAUGCAAGCCCUAUUCUCGACACCCGCUCCGUGCAGCCUGCCUACGUAAGUGUGGCAGUGACAACAUUGUGGACCGACCCCAGCAAGCCGCGCGCAAUCGAUGAGCCGGCACUGACAAACCCGGUGCAAAUGGACAAAUGGCUUUCUAUGAACGUGUCCGACUACAGCGACCUCACCACUAAUAGCCGGACUCAGACGCAAGCGCUUUUUGGUGCACGAGUGGACAUCAUCGGCCAUGAGAAUGGUUGGUACGAGGUGGCCCUCCCCGGACAGGCGACCCCAAAGAACGCCCUGGGAUAUCCCGGCUGGGUCCCUGCUGCGCAGGUAUCGUUUGACCAGGAAUACGGACGACUGCUCUCAGAAAAGCCCUUCGCGAAAGUCGAAAAGGCUGCCACGGUUCCGCUCUACCGCGAUCAUAGCCUGAAGUCGAAGCUAAUGGAAGUCACCUACGACACAAGACUCCCCGUCCUGCGGGAGACAAAAUCAGCCAUUGAAGUCGCAACUCCCGGUGGUGGCUCGGCUUACUUGUCCACCCAUGAUGCUUCCGUCUACAAGUCUGCCUCGGAUAUUCCUUAUCCGACGAGCCUUGACCUGAUCAACACAGCGAAACUGUUCCUUGGCCUUCCUUAUCUCUGGGGCGGUAUGUCAGGAUACGCCGUCGACUGCUCGGGAUUCACGCACACCCUCUACCAUUCGCAUGGCAUUGAUAUUGCUCGUGACGCUGACGCUCAAGCCGACUUCACUGGUCAUGGCACCCCUGUCGCGCAGGCGGAUUUGCAACCCGCGGAUCUCAUGUUCUACGCGAGCAACCUCAGUGAUGCAAGCACGAUUUAUCACGUUGCGAUGUAUAUCGGAAAUGGAGAAAUGGUCGAGGCAUAUGAUUCUGGCACUCCAGUGAGAAUCACGCCUGCUCGCUUCACCGACGAGUACUGGGGAGCAGAGCGGUUCUUGAAGCACCGAAAGAUCUGA